ACUCAAGGAGAAAGUAAACAACUCGGCGUAUAAGCACCUUAUCGCUCACGAGCAGGCGCGUAAUAACCGCGCUGCGCUAUCCAUGGUAUCGAAAGACAAAACAAGCGAGAAGAGAGCUGCGGCAGAUGUGUUUGUGGCAGGUUGUUUACCGGUGAUGCAGGUGGACAAUAGAGGGCCGAGGUCGUUCUGUUCCCCGAGAAGGCAAAAGGAUGACAUGUGAGAUUCUGAGUAGACUGUUGGCACUUUGCGCAGUAGCCUGCGUCGCGCGAGCGGGUUCCACCCUCCAAGACGCACGAGAUUUCGAGGAGAAAGUGUCCAUUCUCCUGAAAGAAGAAUCAGAAACCCCCAAAUGCUUUGCUGAAGGGAGGAAGGACUUCACGUGCUUCUGGGAGGAAGAUGAGGAGAGAGCUGGCUCUGUGGAUCAGUAUUCCUUUACAUAUAGCUACCAAAAUGAAAACAGCAGCAGGUGCCCCCUCAGAGCCGUCCCUACAGCAGGUGGGAAAAUGCUGUUUGUCUGUCAUCUGAACCGAAUUCCGAUGUUUGUCCAAAUGGACAUCCAAGUUCAUCGGGAGGGAAUACUGAUACACAAUCGCAGCCUCCUCAUCGAACUCGUCUUUCUUCUGGACCCUCCUGCUAAUGUAACGGUGAGCAGCACGGGUCAGCAAGGCCAGCUGAAUGUCACCUGGGUGCCACCUCCUCUGAAGUAUAUGGAUGACAGCAUGAUGUAUGAGGUCUUCUAUUCUCUGGCUGACAGCCACAUCGGGAAGGUUGAAGUGGCCCGGGCACGUUCAGAAUAUAUUUUGAGAGGCCUGCAGUCCAGUAGAAAGUACAAGGUUCAAGUCCGUGUAAAACUGGAUGGAGUUAGCUACAAUGGCUACUGGAGUGCUUGGAGUGACCCAGUGUUCAUGGAAACUCUUCCUGCAGAAUUUGAUCCGCUCAUCAUCUCCCUGACGCUCAUCAUCUCUUUCAUCUUCAUUGUCCUGUGUCUUGCUAUGCUCCUGUCCCAUCAUAGGUUCCUUAUAAAGAAGAUUUGGCCAGCUAUUCCAACUCCUGACAGCAAAUUUCAGGGGCUUUUUACCAUUUAUGGUGGGAACUUUCAGGAGUGGUUAGGACAAACCAACGGAAGUUUGUGGUUGACGCCAGCUUUCAUCUACUCAGAAGAAUGCCCCUCUCCUCUGGAAGUACUCUCAGAACUGAGCCUAUGCCCCUCAAUGCCCUCCCCGCCUCUGCCACCCAAGGCCUCUAGAGCUUUGAGUGCAGUCAGGAAUGAAGGCAGGGAAUUGAGAAAUGGGCUUGAAGAGAGAGCACUGUUGGUCAGAGACAAUUUAGAUGGCGAGACAGAUGGGGAAAGAGCCGCACCGCACCACCACUUGUUAUUGGACCGCUUGCGGGCACUCCAUCAGCACCAGGUUCCCUGCUCGCAGUCUUCUCUGCUGGAGUCUCAAGACACCUACGUCACCCUCAGUGCCAACAACAACAGUGACGAUGAGCGCGUGGAUAGAAACCUCGAGGAAGCCUUGCCCCUUGAGGCUCCUUUUCCCUCUGGAAAUACAGCUUUGUGUGAAUCUCACUCUGACCUGGGAUCAGCGCCUCAAAGCUCUGGAUCAGGUUGCAUUUCUUCCCAGUCCAGUUUUGAGUACCCAAACCAUGCCUGGAUGGCCAAAGGCCCCGGGUAUACCUACAUGGCAGUGGCAGACUCUGGGGUCUCAAUGGACUAUAGCCCCAUGAGCAGAGUUGAUGAAAAUGGAAAAGUGCCUGUCUACACCAACGAGUACAAGAAUGCGAUCCCUGCUCACAGGAAACCCUUCUUGGUGAGGCAGUACCCUGUCCAUGAUGAUGGCUGAGAGGAAGCUAAACUGUUUUAAAACAGACCCUGUAAAGGGAAUUUGGAUAUUUACCCAAGGAAACAUGGCUUCCCAUCAACUGUUACGAAAGUAACUGGUGAGGUGACUGACACCACAGUGUAAGCUAAAGAACUCUGUACAGGACACUGAGGGAGUGAACUUCCUGAGUUUCUCCACCAUGAAGAAUUUUGUAAAACUUCACGUUAAGGCAUACAUAUUGACCAUUACCAGGUUUCUUAUUAGCAUGCAUACUGGUAGCAGACUGGUUCUUUAUUAGUCAUUAUAAAGCACUUUCUGAUGCUGCAGUCUGCACCAUAUACUACAAAAGGUAGUAAUUUGCCGUCUAAUUACUCCUUAUUUAUGGCAAAUAAGAAAGUAGUUAUUCAUGACUUACUGCCAAAAUAAUAGCAGUUUUCCUUUUAUAGCAUUUAAUGAAUAUGGGGUAUUAUUUUUGAAAGACCGCAGAAAAGUAAGUGUUAAUAGUGUUAAAAUAACCAAAAAUGUUUAUUUUUCUAAUUAAGCAUAUGGCCUUCAUUUUCAAGUCUGACAGUUUGACAUUGUUUACUCAUUCUGGUUCCUCAUUCUAAAGUUUCCUCAUCUUCACACUUAGCAAAUCCAUGAUAGCAAACAACUUCUGCAAUAAACAGAGUAAUUGGUCAGGCCUCGGUGGCACAGCCCUUGAGAUUGGCUGGCAAGCCCCUGGUAACCGCCAGUUGCUACAGAAAUGGUUGGUGAAUGUUAGGAGCCUUCCACACUGAAAAACCUGUAGGUUGACAAAGGUGCAAAGGAGCAAGAAGUACAAACUUGGCACAACUAACUCCAUUCUCCUUUAUUAAUGGAUAGCAUAUUUUUGUUAUCAUAUCAUGUUUAAGGCAUAGAAUAAAUGUACUGCUUUAACUUAAUUUUAUAAUUUUCAGCUGAUAGAGCUUUUAAAUUUCUCAGCAUGAGGUGCCAUUUAGCACCCUAAUUCACACAUCGAAAAAAGCUACACAGACAGACAGACUGUGCAGCGUAACAGACUUUUAGGUGAACUAAGCAGUAGGAGUUAGCCUCUAGCUUUUAUGUCUUCUUGUUAGAAGUAACGCGACUCUCACAUUUUUUAGCUUGUUGUAAGCUCAAUCUUCAAGUGUCUGCAAUCUUUGGUAAAUUAUAUCGUUACCGACAAUAAACUGUGAAAUAGCACCAAUUCAAUCAUCCAAUUGCCAGAAAACUGCUAUGAAAAUCAAAAACCUCUAUUUUGGCAAAGGUGUGUAAAUAUAUUGUGAUACCAAUGUACAGCGAAGCUAGCACUGUCACCGAGUGCUAAUGAAGGCUGUUUUUGCUAAUCUUAGCACUAGCAUGCUAACAUUUUUUUCAUUAAGCACCAACUACACCUGAGCCUAAUGGGGAUGUGAUGUGACUUGGUUAAAAAGUUGUUCAGAAUGAUUCAUUAAAUUUCACAGCAGCCACUUUGAUAUAAAAAGUACACAGGUGUACAUUCUCUUUUUAUGAUAAUGAUCGUAGUGUAUAGUAUGUAUAUAUGUCUGUAUCGCUUCCUUAAAGGGUGGGCCAAUCUGUAAAAACUGUGUAUAAACAUCGUCAUACAUAUAGCAGUUAUUAAUAUCUAUGUAUACUUUUGUUCAGCUCACCACUAAAUACAGAAUGAAGGCCUGGUCAAAACUCUGCCAGGGCAGGUUUCUGAUGAUCAUAUUAAUUAAGGCUUUGUGCAAGAACAAGCUUGUCAUCACAGCUGUUGUUACUUAAUUUUUCGUCAUCACAACUGCUGUGAAAAAGAAACUGUGAAACAGUUGUGAUAUUUUUCAGUCGGAUUACUCAGCAUCAAGUAUAUAUUACUCCAAAACUACAAAUAAACUUAGCUUGGCUAACAUUUGCUAAAACCUAUAAUGCUCUGUCUUUUUUAAAAUAAUUACGGCAAAUCUGGCAGCCAUCUGCAGCUAUGAAAAAGCGUGUCAUCAACUCUUUCAGUUGAUGGAACCUCCAUUGUAUUAUUGUAGGGUCUUUACCUCACAUUAUAAAGCGCCUUGAGGCCACUCUUGUUGUGAUUUGACGCUAUAAAAAUAAAAUUGAAUUGAACUCAGUUCUAAAGCUUUAAGUGACAGGUGUACUCAGUCUUUUCUUACUUCUCCUGCGUUUCGGCUUUGCUUUUGAUAAGUAAUAUAUAUUUUUAAUAUGUCAUUUGUAGUCGUUCAUUUGAGGUUUUUUAAAUUUCAACAACUUUUGGAUAUUUUGGAUCAAAUCCAAGUGUCAAAAUCACUGUACUUGUACAUAAUAAUACAGUUUUUGUUUUCUGUUUUUAUCACAAUUGUUUGACAGAAUGAUUAAUCUGUAAAUUGCUGCCAUUUCCAAGAAAACCUUGGAUCUUGAAGUAAAAGAAAUCUAGUAACCACUACUAAUACAGGGUGUGUGGGGACAUUUUAAGCCAAUAUCUAUUUUCAGCAAUCACUCCAAAAGAAUGAUUUCCAUACUUUUACACAUCCUUGUUUGCUUGUGUUGUUCAAAAACAUCUAGCAACUAAAAUUGCAGUUACUCUAAAACCACAAUUCUGAACACUGUUGAAUUAUUUUAGUCCAGCAAAGUGUGAUAUGGCAGGAAAAAAAAAUUUAUAGGGCAAAAACUGACAACUCGCUAGCUUUCACAGUUAGUUUGCGAGAGCUUUUCUAUAAUAAAGUUGUCUUUUCCCCACAAACAGGAUCUAGCUCUUUACGAGGGGGAACUCCCCAAUGUGUAUUUCUUUAUGCUUAAAUAUACAUAAUAAGAGAAACUUUUUCAUUUUGUAAUGUAUUUCAAUCUGAUAUCAGCUACUGAAGUCUCAAGUUUCACAAAUUAUGAUAAAAGACAGACAAACAGAAAAGCAUUACACUGUGUGUUUAUUGGAAUUUACGAUGUGUUUUAGAGACUUUUUGCUCUGUGUCAUUUUGUCUUGUUAUUAAGGCACUCUCAGCCAAAAAUGUUGGAAAACCACUGUUUAGUUUAAGACAAUCACAUUCCUUAAAUGUCUAUGUAAAGACUGUUAAUGUGUUUGAUUAACCUUCAUGUCAUUUAAAAUUCAAACUCAUUAAAUAUUGUACUGCUA